AUGUUAGCAACAACAGCACCAAACUCGUUAGUCAUGAACCCAACUUCAAUGUUAGUAGAGAUGAAAAGCUUCAUUCCUUCUUCAUAUACUUUCGAAACAAAAAUCCAGAAGAUAAAGCAAGAACUUUUAACAAGUAAUUUAGACUGUAGUGCGAAAGAUGAAACAAAUGAACAGUAUCUUUAUGAAAUGCAGGACCUCAUCGA